UUAUGUACAUGUGUAUAGAUAGAUUAGUCAUAGAUGACGUCUCAGUAUAUCUUAGCUAUGUAAGUUAGUUUUUAGAAUCGAAUCAGUUCGAUUAUGUUCGUUAAUCAAUAAACACGUUUCAAAAUGUCUCUCCGUGCGUUCAUAACAAAUUGGCGACGAGGAUCAAAGUAGUUUGCGCAUCGCGCCUCGAUCUUUCGCGAAUUCGUGCUCAAAAUCGCGCUAAAUUUUGCGCCUAUUCGAAAAUGAUCAAUAUUACAGUAUUUUGCGAAAUUAUUGUUCAAUUUAUACGUGAAAGUGCGUCCGAAAUCGAAUAUCGUUCGCGCUUCAAUCAACUAGUUCAACUUUAAUUUUCAACUUCAAUUUUCGAAAUGGCUGUAUCAAAACAGGACCUGUCAGAUCUCAUCAAAAGUCAAUCCGAGCUCAUCAAAUUGUUAACAGAGGAGAGGAAGAAAACUCCAGGAAAAAAUUCGCCUCCAGCUCAACCUGAUCUGUCUGACUUGUCCAAGCAAGCUGUUCAAUUCGAGCCUUUCAAUCCAAAAUGUGAAAAAUUCACAUGCUACCUGCUUCGUUUGGAAAACUACUUCGAUAUGAAGAAGCUUACUGCAACAAAUGCAUCUACAGACAAGGCAAAAACACAACUUCUAAUCAACACCAUUGGCACCAAGUACACGCAACUUUUGAUCAAUAUUUGUGCUCCAGUAAGUCCACGAGACAAAAAAUAUGAUGACUUAGUCGAAUUACUUAAAAAGCAACUCGCUCCUCAACCAAACAUGUUCAGUGAGCAACACAAAUUUUUAUCCAGAGUUCAAAAAACAAAUGAGUCAAUUGCAGACUAUGUAUCUGCCCUUCAAGAGUUAGCUUUAACCUGCGACUGGAAUUGUCCACAAGCUCAAUGCGGUAAGCCUUUUACUACAAUUAUUUUGAGAGCCCAAUUUAUUCGAGGCCUAGUUGAUCCAGAAAUUCGAGAAAAAUUGCUUCAGUUACCUGAUCAAAAUACACAUUCUUUUGACAAUAUUGUCCAAACUGCUUUAGCUAUUGAACUGUCAAAAAGUGACAAUAAAGAAGUGUAUAAAAGUCAAACUGCUCAAAACUCAACAGCAGCUUCUUCGUCUGUAAAUAAAAUGAGUGAACAAAAGAGGUCAUUUUCAAAAAAUCGUAGUCGCACACCUCAGAGAGAACAUCACUCUCCGAGAGAUUUUCGAGCCAAAUCAAAACCCAGAAUCGAUUUUAAACAGUUGGGGAUAGAUAAUUUAUGCAUAAAAUGUGGCCGAAAUAAUCAUCUUACCAAGGAAUGUAAAAUUCCACACGAAAAAUUGAAAUGUAAAACUUGUCAAAGAACUGGCCAUGUUGAUAGAGUGUGUAUUACAACUCUGGUCAAAAAAAAGUAUGGUAAUUCAAAUUCAAAUUCCUCAACGAUGUAUUUACAUGACGAUGACGACAUUCAAGAGCUCCAUACCUUGAAUGAUGGUUCCGAGAAAAUCAUGACUUCGAUCCGUAUUGAUAAUAUUGAACGGAAAUUAGAAUGUGAUACUGGUAGUCGGCGAACUGUUGUGUCUUAUAAUUUUUUCAAGCAGCUGAAUUUGCAAAAACCUAUCAUGCAUGAUAACACAGUUCUCAAAGAUUAUACUGGUAACUUAUUCAAACCAUUAGGCUACGUCAACGUAUCAGUCAAGUAUAAAGAUAAAGAAAUCAACAGUCGUUUAUAUUUCACAGAAAGGUCUGAAUCAUCUGUGAUGGGUCGCGAAUGGUCUAUUCCUCUCGGCAUUAUAAAAGUAGAUGAAACUGAUGAUGUAAAAUUUCUCGGAAAGUCAAAUGUGCCAGAUAUGGAUAAAAUCAAGAAGGAAUUCGCCAGUGUUUUCUCCGAUGAAAUAGGAAAGGUUCCAAAUUAUACUACCUCUUUCGAAUUGAAUGAAAAUUCCAAGCCUAUUUAUAUGAAAGCCAGAAAAGUUCCACAUGAAGUUACCUCCUCAGCUGACGCAUGUAUCAAUCGAUUGAUUAAAUUUGGUGUUCUAGAAAAAGUUGAUGUGUCAGAAUGGGGUACUUCUUCAGUCUAUGUUGAAAAAUCUGAUGGCUCUGUUCGAUUGUGUGGAAAUUAUAAGAAAACGAUCAAUAAAAUGAUCAAAGAUAUCCGAUAUCAACUUACAACUGUUGAGGAUAUUUUCAAUAAACUCGAAAAUGGCACUUACUAUUGUAAACUUGAUUUACGUGAUGCGUUUUUACACCUUCCAGUAGAUGAAGAGACAGCAAAAUUGCAAACAAUUGUGACUCAUAGAGGCACUUUUAGGGUCAAACGACUUUAUUAUGGCUCAAAAGUGGCUCCAAAAUUAUUCCAAAGGUUCAUUGACCAGGUAAUUCGAGACUUACCUGGAACUGUGGCCUAUUUCGACGACUUAUUGGUGCAAGGAUCCACCAUUGAAGAGUGUGAAGCUCGCCUACGUGCACUUUUGCAACGCCUUCAAGAAUAUAAUCUACAUGUCAAUGAAAAAAAGUGCAAAUUUUUCGUCACUGAGGUCUCUUACUUGGGUCAUGUUAUCAACAAAAAUGGUCUUCAUAAAGCUCCGUCAAAAAUUGAGGCCAUUGUCAAAGCUCCGCGACCAACAAAUGCUGAUGAAGUUAUGCAGUUCCUUGGUCUUGUCAACUACUAUCAACGAUUCAUAAAAAAUUCAUCACACAUCUUAUAUCCACUCAACCAACUGCGCCGAAAAAAUGCCAAAUUCGAAUGGACUCCUGAGUGUGAAAAAUCAUUCAAUAAAAUAAAGCAAAUCAUUACCAGUGACGAAGUUCUAACACCUUAUAACAGGGAAUUGCCAUUAUAUCUCGCCACAGAUGCCAGUCCAUAUGGCAUAUCAGCUGUCCUAUCACAUCGCAUCAACGGAGACGAACGUCCUAUCGCAUACGCAUCUCGCUCCCUCACAAAAGCUGAGAAAAACUACAGUCAACUUGAUCGAGAAGCUCUGGCAGUGUAUUGGGGUGCCAAAAAAUUUUUCUACUACAUCUAUGGUCGUCCAUUCACAUUCAUCGUAGACAACAAACCAAUACAUCAUAUUUUAAAUCCAGACAAAGAGCUACCUAGCUUCACAGCAUCGCGGGUGAUAAGAUAUGCGGUUUUCUUAUCUCAGUUCAACUAUAAAAUCGAGCACCGCCCAGCCAGUCAGCAUUCCAACGCCGAUUAUCUAUCACGUUUUCCACUACCUAUCGAAAACACCAACGUUGUUGACGAAUGCUAUUUUAUACAGUCUUCAAAAAUAGACCAGGUUACAUCAUCUUCUCCGAUUACUCACAGCCAGCUGAAAGAAGAAACCUUAAAAGAUUCUUCACUGUCAAAAUUAUUGAAAGAGUUGCAAUCUGGCACCAACUCCGAACCUGAAUUCUCACUCAACGAUGGAAUUAUUUUCAAAAAUGGUCGAAUUUAUGUUCCUGAAAUACUUCGUGAGAAAAUUUUGGCUGAAUUACAUGAUACACACAUCGGCAUUGUUAAAAUGAAAGCCAUCGCUCGUAAAUUCGUUUGGUGGCCAAAAAUUGAUUCAGAAAUUGAAUCAAUUGUCAAAAGUUGUCAAAACUGUGCAGAUCGAAAUAAGAAUCCAAAAAAAGCUCCGCUUCACAAAUGGGAACCUCCUCAAGAAAAUUUUCAACGAAUUCACAUUGAUUAUGCCGGUCCGUUUCAAAAUCAUUUUUAUUUCAUCAUCAUUGAUUCAAAAUCCAAGUGGCUCGAAGUCUACAUAAAAAAGACUGCACCAACAACACAAUCUACGAUUACCUACCUUCAAGAUUUUACUGCUCGAUUUGGUUCACCUGAUGAACUAGUCAGUGACAAUGCCAGUAUUUUCACUGCAGCCGAAUUCAAAGAAUUUCUUCAAUUCCAUGGUAUUAAGCAUCGUCUCAUCGCGCCAGGUCAUCCGGCAACGAAUGGCCAAGCAGAAAGAGCUGUCCAAAUUGUCAAAUCCAAACUGAAAAAGGCCGAGCCUACCACUGACACACAAAUGUUGCGAAAUUUAGUCUCAUCAAUUUUACGUAAAUAUCGCAUCACACCUCUCGAAAAUGGUCAAACACCGUCUCAGCUCGUUUUUCAAAAAGAUAUCAACACCAGACUAAAUUUGUUGCUGCCAAAAAACGCAAAUCCACCUUCACAAAAAUCCAACCUGAAAGUAAAAACAUUCAAACUCGGAGAACGUGUCCAAAGUCGAAAUUAUACCUCAUCCUCACUUUGGAAAUAUGGGGUCAUCGUGGAAAAGUUGGGAAAACUUCACUAUCUCGUCGAAUUAGAUGAUGGGUACAUCAUCAAACGUCAUGUUGAUCAAUUGCGUUCCACAGAAGUGGAAAAAUUCAAAAAAGCUGUCCAAUUUUCUUCCGAGGUCAAACAUCCAAAGUCCAAUCUAAGUGCUCAACAACAGCCCAAUUCCGAACCAGAUUCAUCCAAAAAGGUGGAAAAAGUUUUGCGGCGAUCAAAUCGUUCAAGGAAAGCCCCGGAAAGGCUGAAUUAUAACUUUUGAAUUCCCUUAGUGGGGAAGAAUUGUUAUGUACAUGUGUAUAGAUAGAUUAGUCAUAGAUGACGUCUCAGUAUAUCUUAGCUAUGUAAGUUAGUUUUUAGAAUCGAAUCAGUUCGAUUAUGUUCGUUAAUCAAUAAACACGUUUCAAAAUGUC